CAAAAACCCACCCGAGGACCACAGGCUGUAGGAUUAGAGUGAAGAAUGGGGUCAUCUGUUGUCCUGCCAGCACUGCUGCUUGUUCUGGGCUUCACCACUAAUGUAUGGAGCCUGAACCCGGACGACCCUAAUGUCUGCAGCCAUUGGGAGAGCUAUGCUGUGACUGUUCAGGAAUCCUACGCGCACCCAUUUGACCAGAUUUACUACACAAGAUGCACAGACAUCCUCAACUGGUUUAAAUGCACAAGGCACAGGAUCAGCUAUAAGACGGCUUACCGGCGGGGAGUGAGGACCAUGUAUAGGCGCCGCUCGCAGUGUUGCCCCGGUUACUUUGAGAGCGGAGACUUGUGUGUUCCCCUGUGUACAGAGGAGUGUGUCCAUGGUCGCUGUGUGUCCCCUGAUACAUGCCAGUGUGAGCCAGGAUGGGGUGGACUGGACUGCUCUAGUGGCUGUGAGAGUGACUAUUGGGGACCUCAUUGCAGCAAUCGGUGCCAGUGCCAAAAUGGGGCUAAGUGUAACCCCAUCACAGGUGCCUGUGUCUGCACUGAUGGAUACCAGGGAUGGCGGUGUGAGGAGCCCUGUGAGCACAGCUACUAUGGCAAGGCAUGCCAACUAGCCUGCCAGUGUCUCAAUGGUGCCACCUGCGACCACGAGACAGGAGAGUGCAUCUGUGCGCCGGGAUACUCGGGGGCUUUCUGUGGAGAGCGCUGCCCCUCCGGUAGUCAUGGGCCUCAGUGUGAGCAGCGCUGCCCCUGUCAGAAUGGAGGAACGUGUCACCACAUCACUGGAGAUUGUUCCUGCCCCAUCGGGUGGACGGGUUCAGUUUGUGCCCAGCCGUGCCCUCUAGGCAAGUACGGCAUCAACUGCAGCAAGGAUUGCUCCUGUCGUAAUGGUGGACUGUGCGACCACGUCACAGGGCAGUGUCGGUGCGCAGCUGGCUUCAGUGGACGCAGGUGCCAGGAUGACUGUCCUGUUGGCACCUUCGGUCCGCAGUGUAACCAGAGGUGCGAGUGUCAGAAUGGAGCCAAGUGUCACCACAUCAAUGGAGCCUGUCUGUGUGAAACAGGAUUUAAAGGCCCUAAUUGCCAAGAGAGAUUCUGUCCUCCAGGCCUCUACGGCCUCAUCUGUGACAAGUACUGCCCUUGUAAUACCACCAACACGGUGAGCUGCCACCCGCUUUCUGGUGAAUGCACCUGCUCUGUGGGAUGGACCGGGCUUUACUGUAAUGAGACCUGCCCUCCUGGAUCCUACGGAGAGGGAUGCAUGCUGCCUUGUAGCUGCACCAACGGAGCUGACUGCCAUCCUGUCACAGGCACUUGUAUAUGUGCCUCUGGGUACAUGGGUGAGGACUGUUCUACAGUGUGUCCUCCUGGUCUCUACGGACCCAGCUGCAUGUCCACCUGCUCCUGCCAUAAUCACGCAUCCUGCUCUCCAGUCGACGGCUCCUGCAUCUGCAGGGAAGGCUGGCAGGGUAUGGACUGCUCCCUCCUCUGUUCCAGCGGUAUGUGGGGUCUGGGCUGUAAUCAAACAUGCGUAUGUGCCAAUGGAGCUGCAUGUGACCCUAUGGAUGGCACCUGUACAUGUUCAUCCGGGUGGAGGGGAGCCCACUGUGACGAGUCCUGUCCUGAUGGCACCUAUGGGUUGGAGUGUCGCGAGCGCUGUGACUGUAGCCAUGCUGAUGGUUGUGAUCCAGUGAGUGGCUACUGCCGCUGCUACCCCGGCUGGACAGGAAUCCACUGUGAUAACGUGUGCCCACAAGGCUUCUGGGGACCCAACUGUUCAGUCAGCUGUUCCUGUCAGAACGGAGGGUCCUGUUCUCCAGAGGACGGUACAUGUGUGUGUGCACCUGGCUACAGGGGGACGUCCUGCAAAAGAAUCUGCUCUCCGGGGUUCUACGGGCAUCGCUGCAGCCAGUCGUGUCCGCAGUGUGUGCACAGCACCGGGCCGUGCCAUCAUGUCACGGGCCACUGUGAGUGCCUGUCUGGCUUCUCCGGUUCUCUGUGCAACCAAGUCUGCCCAAUUGGCAGGUAUGGGAGAGUCUGCGCUGAGAUCUGCCUCUGUACCCACAACGGCACUUGCAACCCCAUCGAUGGCUCCUGCCAAUGCUUCCCUGGAUGGAUAGGAGAGGAUUGCUCUCAUGCCUGUUCCUCUGGGCACUGGGGCCCUGAUUGUCUCAACUCGUGUAACUGUCACAACGGAGCCCAGUGCAGCGCCUAUGAUGGAGAGUGCAGGUGCAGCCCCGGCUGGACCGGACUCUACUGCACACAGCGCUGUCCUUCUGGAUUUUACGGCAGGGACUGCUCGGAAGUCUGUCGCUGCCAAAAUGGCGCAGACUGUGACCACAUCACUGGCCAGUGUGCUUGCCGAACAGGCUUCAUUGGGACGAGCUGUGAGCAGAAGUGUCCUGCUGGUACAUUUGGAUAUGGUUGCCAGCAGUUGUGUGAGUGCCUGAACAAUGCUACCUGUGACUAUGUGACUGGAACGUGUUACUGCAGCCCCGGAUAUAAAGGCAUCCGUUGUGAUCAAGCAGCUCUGAUGAUGGAGGAGCUGAACCCGUACACUAAGAUUAGUCCAGCACGAGGCACAGAGCGCCAGUCUGCAGGGGCCGUCAUGGGCAUCAUCUUUCUGCUCCUCAUCAUCAUGGCCAUGCUCAGCCUGUUUGUGUGGUACAGACAGAGGCAGAGGGACAAAGGCCAUGAGAUCCAGCCCAGUGUGUCCUACACACAGGCGAUGCACAUCACCAACACCGACUAUUCCCUGUCUGGUAAGAUGAGCCAGGGCAGCAGUGGCCAGUGCUUCUCCAACCCUAGUUACCACACUGUGGCCCAGUGUAACGUUGUCUCCACCAUCUCCAGCAACCUGGAUGGCACUCUGACCCUCAAAUCAAGCACUCUGAAAAGUCGAAAUGGCUCAGAAUGGAGAGCCUACUGCAACCUCAAUGACCUCGAUGUUCAACAGGGGGAGACACAGACACAGAGAGGCUCCAAACAGGAUUACACCAAGGGCUCCAUGUGCAGCAACAGCUCCUGCUCCUUGAAUAGUGAGAAUCCAUACGCCACCAUUAGAGACCCACCAGGGCUGGCUUGCAAGCACACAGAGAGCAGCUAUGUGGAGAUGAAGUCCCCCUCCCACCGUGAGGUGCCCUUUGGAGGCACUGCCACCCUCCUGGGCAGUGCGAGCAGGAAUGUCUAUGAUGUUGAGCCAACAGUGAGUGUCCUGCAGGGACCCAAUGGAAUGGCCACCGGCUUCUCCCAAAGCCCCUAUGACCUCCCUCGCAGCAGCCACAUCCCCAGCCACUAUGAUAUACUGCCCAUGCGUCACAGCCCCACACACACUCCCCCACCCCCCCCAGAAAGCCCCAGCUCCCUGCUCUAG